UUAUCGUUAGGCGCAGGCGCAAACACUGGGGUUUUGAUUACUGAAGAGUCAAAAGCUGUGGACUUGGAGGGCGGACAUCUCUCAUCUUGGACAUAGAAAAUUCACGUUAUUGGAAGUUGACGAUCAUUAUUAGAACGUCCCAACAAUGAUUCGAUUCAUUUUAAUUCAAAACAGAGCUGGAAAGACCAGAUUAGCAAAAUGGUACAUGAACUUCGAUGAUGAUGAGAAGCAGAAAUUAAUUGAGGAAGUGCAUGCUGUGGUCACUGUACGAGACGCCAAACACACGAAUUUUGUUGAGUUUCGUAACUUCAAAAUUGUGUACAGAAGAUAUGCAGGAUUGUAUUUCUGCAUCUGCGUUGAUGUCAACGACAACAAUUUAUGCUACUUGGAAGCUAUUCAUAAUUUCGUUGAAGUACUUAACGAGUACUUCCACAAUGUUUGUGAGUUGGAUCUAGUCUUCAAUUUUUAUAAGGUGUACACAGUAGUAGACGAGAUGUUCCUUGCUGGAGAGAUACGGGAAACCAGCCAGACGAAAGUCCUCAAGCAACUUUUGAUGUUAAAUUCCUUAGAGUAGUGACUGCAAAUCCCAAUAAAUUGUAUCAUUCCAGUCCCACUUGUUCUCAUCCCCUCGUACUCAAAUCCAUUAAGAAUCUCCUUCAGUAUAAGUAAUUUUUUGUUACUAUCAGAUUUUUGAUUUCUUCGAAGUUGAACUUUUGAUCAAAUGUGCUUUGAGUAUUUAUUUAGUUUAAGAUUAAUAAAAGGUAUGAAGUGUAAAUUUUAAA